AUGACAAAAGAAAUCGUGAAUAGUUCUGGAUUAGCAGGCCUGCCAAGUGAGGUCCUCAGCGAAAUCAUACGCUCUUUACUUGAUGAAAUCACCACAAACAAGAGAUCGGGCCGUCCACACGACUACGACACACUGGAUCACAAACGUGCAACCGCCCAGUCGACGAAGGCUCUAGUCACUCUUUGUCGCGUCUCGCGCAGGCUUAGGGAAGCUGCCACCAUCUCACUAUAUCGCCAUGUCACACUCGUCCCUCGCAGUCUCCCGGGCUCACCGGAAGCUUCCGAAGCGACAUGCCACGAUGGUGUUGUCCCCUUGACGCUCUUCCUUAGGGCUCUGGUUGAGCGACCUGGCUUGCAGCCUUUGGUUCAAAGUCUUGACUGUCAAUUCUUCUUAAGACAUGCGGAAUCCACGCCUGCUAGUGUGGAAAACCCGGCAUCCGCCAUACGCUACCAGAAAGCUUUCGAGUAUCAUAAACAUAUCAUCGAGAGCACCAAACGGUCCCCCCUGUCCCAGGAAGACUUGAUCUUAGAGCAUGUCGCGGCCACCGAUCAUGGCCGUGUCAACGAUACUUCCGAGCGUGCAUUGGCUGCCAUUCUGUGCUUGACCCCUAAACUACGGGCUAUUUCAUUAGCUCCCUUGCCCGCUUCAAAGUGGCUCAUUAUUACCUUCAAUGACGCCGAAUUCUUUGCUGCUCAAGAUGAAUAUCACUAUCAUACAUUAGCUUCGCUAGUAGAGAGCGCCCGCCAGAGCAAAAUUUGCCCUGGCGCGCUACAACACCUGCAGGCAGUUCGGUUUACCGCCUUGUUUGGCUUCAAGGCCUUUGCUGGCUUGGAGGUCGUUCAUCAUCCUGAGUAUGACCCUACUCGCCGCCUUUGUGCUGGUUAUACGUUCCCGUUGUCAAGCUGUCUCAAGCUCUUACUAGGGCCCAAUAUUACUGAGUUUGAGGCUGAUGCCGUGGAUAAGUAUCAUCCCGACGACUUUCGUGAUCCGAAGGUACCAAUUCAUUGCAGUAUCAAGCGAGCUUACCUUACUAUUUCCGCUCCCUUGCAUGUGUUGGAUCAUGUCGGCCAUGCUUGGGAUCUAUCUGCCCUCAGCGUACGACCCUCUCUGGUGCGAUUGUUUCCAGAAGAAGGGGGGUUGAAUCAGAUUGCAGAACUUGAGUUAUGGGACGAGAGUUUUCUCAACAUCAAAGGCUCUCUCAAGGAGCUAGACAUUGGUUUUGUCGCGGACUAUGAGAGGCCAUCACAUAGGCUCAAUUCUCUUCCGCUUCUUGAAGCACUGGAGCAUUUGUGUAUCGGAAUUCCCUUGUUGGCGGGGACGGAAAAGCUCUCCGAGUCACCGCUGAGCUCCCUACUUCCUCCCAAUCUAAAGACACUCAGGCUACACGAUUGGGUCACUGAAAAAUACUACGACAAGUACCUCCCCGGCCUCGACCAUCUUGAGAUGACUGAGGAUGAAGUUGAAGAUGGGCUCAAACCAUUGGUCAAGUUCCAGAAUGUGGUUUCCGCCUCUCUGCGAUAUUUCGCCCUGGCCUGUAGAAAUACCCAUCCUCACUUGCGGUCUCUCAUGAUCUUCGGCAUCCGCCCGAUGGAUAGUGUCGCCUUUCACUCAGCGAUGAGUAAAGAUGAGAAGACCAAAGAUGAGUUUUUCCGCGCCUACCGCGAAGUAGAGCUUAACGGCCCUGAGCCGGGACAGGUCGUUCGAGAUGGAGGCGAAAUCCGGGGUCUGUUUGCGCAAACGGGUGUGGUUUUUGAAGAGCUGUUUACUACACAGGAGUUUCAUUAUCCUUUUCGUGCACAAGUCAGUCGAUAUCAAUAA